UUCUGGGCCGUGUGUGCCACUUCCAUCCCCACGCUCCUUUUUCCCAUCAACCACCUCUUCGCCGUCACGCUGGCUUCCGACUCUUCCAAAUCCUCCCUGUUGGUUCCUCGUGCCAUCUCUUUUGCCCCCGAGAUGGACGGGCCACAGCGGUUGUCUCCCAACACCCAGAAGCAGGGCCGCCGCCGGCGGUCCAGCAGUCUGAUCUACCAGGAACCCGCUGAAUCGAUCGAACACACGAGUGACCAGGCCGCCUUACCCAAUCUCAAUGCUAACUGGGUCAAUGCUAAGGGUGCCUGGACUAUCCAUUUCGUCCUCAUCGCUGCGCUCAAAGUCCUCUGCGACAUCAUCCCCGGCGUCUCGCAGGAAACCUCAUGGACCCUUACCAACAUCAGCUACAUGUUUGGCUCCUUCCUCAUGUUCCACUGGGUGCGGGGCAUCCCGUUCGAGUUCAACGGUGGUGCCUACGACAAUCUCAACAUGUGGGAGCAAAUUGACAACGGCGACCAGUACACGCCAACCAAGAAGUUCCUGCUCUGCGUGCCUAUUGUGCUCUUCCUCGUGAGCACCCACUAUACCCACUACGACCUUACCUACUUCACCAUCAACUUUUUGGCCACGCUAGCGGUGGUCAUUCCGAAACUUCCUUUCUCGCAUCGGUUGCGAAUAGGCUUCUUCUCCGAUUUAGAAGAUGAUUCAUAG